GAUGAAUCAUCCAAACUAAUUAAUAAUCCAUAUGAUAGUCAUCCGGAUCGAGAAUUGCUAACGCUGCAAGCAAAGACAGAAUUAAUUUUUGCUGCUCAAGAGGAUCUUCAAAAGUUAUCAGAGGAAUCCAAAGAAAUUCAGAAUUUACAGCCUUGUGCUGAAAUCGGAGGACUCAAAAACAUCGAAUCUCAUUACCCUGCUCUAUCCAAGCUUGAAACUAUCCAUGUCAAUCAGCUUCAAGAAACCAAUAAUGUCUCGGACAAAAUUAACAAGCUCAUCGAUGAUUACAACAGCCUUAUUAAUACAUUGUCGGAAGUGUUCUUAUCUUGGGAUGGACUUUUGGCUGCUGCAGAGCUGAAAGUAUCUGAAGUAGAGAGGUCCAGAAAUCAAGCUUAG